AUGGUGAGUGGUGUAGGGCGGAAGUCCUCAAGAGGAGAGCGGUCUCCUUGGAACCGACCGGAAGCAGCUGGGGUGACCCUGGCCUCCGGGCCUGAGCUCGGGAGUCUGCAGCGGCCCGCUCCGCCCUUCCCACCCAGCUUGCGCCGUGGGGCUGGACCGCCCCCAGGGAUGGCCGCGUCAGGUCCGGUUCUCUCACAGCCGCUUCGGCCUGGAGUCUUCUCAGAGCAGCUCGGCGUCCGCAGGCCCGCGUCUCCCCCUGCGGAUUCAGUGACCUUUGAUGAUGUUGCUGUGACCUUCACUCUGGGAGAGUGGACUUUGCUGGAUCCUUCCCAGAAGCAGCUGUACAGAGAUGUGAUGUGUGAUACCUUCAAGAACCUGGCCUCUAUAAAAAAAGAAAGAGAAGAUCAGACCAUUGAAGAUGUAUACAAGAAUCCCAGAAGAGAAUUAAGAAGUCAAGUGGUAGGGAGAUGCUGUGAGCAUGAAGAAGGUAGUCAAUGUGGAGAAACUGUCAGCUGGAAACCAGAUUGUUUUGUGAACAAGAUAGUUCCUCCAGGAGUAAAAUCAAGUGAAAGCCCUGUGUGUGAAGAAGUCCUCGUUGGUCAUUCAUCUAUAAAUGUGCCCCUCAGAGCUUAUGCUGAACAGAAACCAUAUGAUUAUCCAGAAUAUGGGGAGAAUCCAUGUAAAUAUAAGGAAUGUGAAAAAGCCUUCAGUUCUCUCCAAUACUUUGAGGAGUAUGAAGGAACUCACACUGAGGGCAGAUAUCAUGAAUGUAAACAAUGUGGAAGAGUCUUCAGUCUUUCCAGUUCCCUUCAAGUACAUGAAAGAAUUCACACUGGAGAGAAACCCUUUGUAUGCAAAGAUUGUGGGAAAGCCUUUACUCGUUCCAGGUCUGUUUAUAGACAUGAAAGAACUCACACUGGAGAGAAGCCUUAUGUAUGUAAGGAUUGUGGGAAAGCCUUGUGUGAUUCAAGUUCCCUUACAAUACAUGAAAGAACUCACACUGGAGAGAAACCCUAUGUAUGUAGGGAUUGUGGGAAAGCUUUCACUCAUAGUAGGUCCUUUUAUAGGCAUGAAAGAACUCACAGUGGAGAGAAACCCUAUAUAUGUAAGCAGUGUGGGAAAGGCUUGAGUGAUUCAAGUACCCUUAAAAUACAUGAAAGAACUCACAGUGGAGAGAAACCCUAUGUUUGUAAGGAAUGUGGGAAAACCUUUAGUUCUUCCAGUUACAUUCGAAUACAUGAAAAAGCUCACACUGGAGAGAAACGGUAUAUUUGUAAAAAAUGUGGAAAUGCCUUUGGUUAUUACAGUUCACUUAAAAAGCAUGAAAGAAUUCAUAUUGGAGGAAAACCCUUUAUGUAAGGAGAGUGGGAUAUCUUUUACGUAUUUUAUUUCCUUUCACAAACAAAAAUUUACCCUGGGGAUAAAUCCUAUGUCUGUAAACAAUGUGGGGAAAAAAUAUAGUCACUGCAGUCAUGUUCUUAGACAUCAGAGAACCCAAAAUGGAGACAAGCCCUAUGUAUAUAAAGAAUGUGGAAACAUCAUUAGUUCUUCCAUUAUCUUGAAAUAUGUGAAAGAAUUCACACAGGAGACAAACACUAUAUAUGUGAGCAAUGUGGAAAGGGCUUUCAUUCUUUCCAUUAUAUUGAAAUCCAUGAAUGAACUCCAUGUUGGAGAGAAACGCAUUGUGGGAAAGCAGCCAUUCCAUUUCCUUUCACAGACAUGGAAGAACUCACACUGGAGAAUAACCCUGAAUAAAGAAUGUGGAAGACUUCAUUAUUACAUAAGCUUUCUAGCAGACUUGAGAAUGCACAUUGCAGAGAACUUGUAUUAAUGUAAAGCAUGUGGGAAUGCCUCUAGUCAUCUUGGUUCAACAUACAUAUAUCCAUAGCUAUAGUACGGAGAGAAACCUGGAAUAGAAAAGAGAGGCAAAAAGGUCCAGUUGGCCUACAUGUACACAGGAUCAGAACUCUUCGAAUGUGAAAAAUACAAGAUAGUUUUCAGUUUUAACAGUUUCAAUGUCCUAUGAAAGUUCUUCAGGUAGUGGAAUCCUGUAAAUGCAUUAAUAUGAAGAGCUUGAUGUAAAAUAAUUUGUUUAGUAUUCUCUAGAGACUUCACUGUAGGAAACAUGCAAAAACUUACAUUGUGUUCAUAAGUGACUCAUUCUGAAAGUAGAUCUCUGCAGUCUAUAUUUCUAAUUUAUAUUCUUGAAAAUAAAUGUUGAGAAAACACACCUCGGUAGGUUUCAUUUAGGUAAUAGCAUGAGAGUUUAUAUAUAUAUAGUUGUCUUUCAAUCAGAUAAUGAGUUUUUGUCCUUUGUACUUGAACCAUGUUGGAUCCAUAGGUGAAUUGGUGAAUUGAACUGUAUUUCGGAUGUGCCAUAGGCCUAAUUUUUAUGCAGUUUUAAAAUAAUUGUGGUUAAAGGACUACUGAAAAUGAAUUGGUUUUGGAGUUUUUUUGU